GGGGGGGAGGGAGGCGUGUCCUGGACGAAGCUCCGCGCGGCUGCUCCCCCUCCCCCGGCACAGAACGGCGCUGAGCGCGGCGGCCUCGGCGGGGACCGGGAUGUUGUGGGCAGGCCCCGCUCGGGAGGCGCUGGGGGGCCGUGUGUAAAAACACCAGGACAGCAGACCCGGAAAGGGCAGUGCGGGCUCGGAGGUGGUGGGAACCAGGCGCGCGGCCAGCGAGCCGUGGGGAGUCUUCUAGGCAGACACUUGUGCAGGGUUCAAGGCUAAAUCGGCGUUCUCGUUGGUUCGUUUCUUAACAAAUGCUCGAGUGCCUGCCGGGUACGGAGCGGGCUCAGGGCUGUACCUGGAAGUCCCGCCCUUCGGACAAACUGCACAAGCUACACCGUUAUCUAGUUACUGCUGCUCCGGAAGAAACGCGGGACGCCUGUCCGGGAAGGGUAGGCAAUGCUUCAGCUGAGCUCCAGGAGUAAUUGAGGAUGAGCUUGGUGAAGAGGCUGGAAGAGAAGUCUGGUGUUCCUUAAGAUGGCCUGAUAUGAAGGCAUCACACUCCCUGCCUCCCCAAGCUUCUAGCGCUGCCCGGUGGCUGCCUUGUCCUUCAAGUGCAGGAGCCAGUUGAAACGUCAGGAAUGGAAGCCAAUGUGACCAUCCCAAUCUGGCAAAAUAAGCCGCAUGGCGCUGCUCGAAGUGUAGUGAGAAGAAUUGGGACCAACUUGCCCCUGAAGCCAUGUCCCCGGGCAUCCUUUGAGACCCUGCCCAACAUCUCUGACCUGUGUCUGAGGGAUGUGCCCCCAGUUCCUACCCUGGCUGACAUCGCCUGGAUUGCUGCAGAUGAAGAGGAGACUUAUGCCCGGGUCAGGAGCGAUACACGCCCCCUGAGGCACACCUGGAAGCCCAGCCCUCUGAUCGUCAUGCAGCGCAAUGCCUCAGUGCCCAACCUGCGUGGGUCAGAGGAGAGGCUCCUGGCCCUGAAGAAGCCAGCCCUGCCAGCCCUCAGCCGCACCACCGAGUUGCAGGAUGAGCUGAGCCACCUGCGCAGCCAGAUUGCCAAAAUAGUGGCAGCUGAUGCAGCUUCGGCUUCAUUAACGCCAGAUUUCUUAUCUCCAGGAAGUUCAAAUGUCUCUUCUCCCUUACCUUGUUUUGGAUCCUCAUUCCACUCUACAACUUCCUUUGUCAUUAGUGACAUCACCGAGGAGACCGAGAUAGAGGUCCCUGAGCUUCCAUCAGUCCCCCUGCUUUGUUCUGCCAGCCCUGAAUGUUGCAAACCAGAACACAAAGCUACCUGCAGCUCAUCUGAAGAGGAUGACUGCGUCUCUCUGUCCAAGGCCAGCAGCUUUGCAGAUAUGAUGGGUAUCCUAAAGGACUUCCACCGGAUGAAGCAGAGCCAAGACCUGAGCCGGAGUUCACUGAAGGAGGAAGAUCCUGCUGUUCUUAUCUCUGAGGUCCUAAGGAGGAAGUUUGCUCUGAAGGAAGAAGAUACCAAUAGAAAAGGGAACUGAUAUCACUCAGCUCUGCAACUCAGUCUCACGCUCCUGGAAUUCCUUCAGUAGCUGCCUUCCUCACCGCAGAUGUUUCUGCCUAUCAGUUAGAAAUCUGCAACAGUCUUGCCGAAAGCUAGAGCUUGGACUAAGAAGAGCUGCAUUAUAUGUUUUCCAUACUCAAACCUUAGAAGCUAAAGGACUGUUUUGAGCUGAGACACAGGUAAUUAUAUGCGUUGGAAUGUCUCAAUUUAAAGGGUGAGAUAGAACUUUCUGGUUUUUCCCUUCUCCUGUGUGAAAGUAGGUCCUAAAUGAAAGACUGACUUCACUGCACUAUAUACCCCAUAACUGGUCUCACUGAACACUUUGUGCCCAGCUGUCAAUCACUCUCAGCCGCUUCCUUGCAGCAGAGCAGGGCUGAGGGGAGGGGGCUAUAAAUGUAUGUGCACAUUCACAGGGCAGGGAAAAUCUUAUGCUGCUCCAUCAUGAACUGACACCAAUGCCCAGCAAUCAUUCUCUCCCCCUUCCCUGUCUUAACACUUACAUGUAGAGGUUGGGCCACUGGACCAGCUGAGGCUUGGGAUACUGCUGGGAGGCCUGGGCUGUUUUUUUUCUUAAAUAUAUUUUGUAAUACUGUACAACCAAAUCUACCCUCCAAGGCCCUGACGCCUCAUUGGUUCCACUGAUUGAAAGCUCUUUCUCUUCCAUGGACUUUAAGCCAAGCAGGAAAGAGAAAUGAAGAGUGAAUCUUCCAGGCCCUUGACAGCUCCUUUGCCUGGGGCCAAGGUUUGUACUUACUAUACCAUGCAUGACUCAGAUGCCCUCAGGUCCUUUUUACUACAGUAUGUAUCCUGUGUGUGUUUGGGUUGAAGCAUUACCUGACAUUAAAGGAAGGAUCUGGAGAGAUACUGCAUUGGUUGUGUCCAUCUCUUGAGUUGUGACCACCCAGUAUCCCCUAUAGGUAUAGAAUUCCUAUUGAUUUCAAGGUAUAUGAGCUUUUGUAAACAGGUUCCUGCCUUUAUAGGAGGAAGCUUCUUCCCUAGGGAGCUUCUUGUUCCCUUUAGAAACACUUAACUUCUUAAAGCCAGUCCAUCCUAUAACUUGCACGCUUGCCCCCUAGAGGCUUAUUUUUAAGCCUCCUACGUACCACACCUGCAACAUGGGAAACUGCUGCCCGGUGGAUGAUGUCUUGAAUAGAACACAAAUCAGAUUGGAUUUGUGUUCGGAUCAGACCCAUGGCAGUGACGGAACAUUGCUUUUUCAAAAAAAACGAAAUUGGUAAUGUUUUAAUUACCAUCAGAGCCAGCUUUGUAAACAGUCAUUUAUUUGGAUUCAUAGUUUUACAAAGGGGGUUCUCUCCCGUUUAGAUCAUUAUAAGUCAGCCCUUUUCAGGGAGAUGUUUAAACAUAUAUAAUCCUAAAAUACUGUAAAGUUACCACAAAAAUAAAAUAACAAAACUA